AUGGAUUAUGUGAAAAGAGAAGAUCCUAAUCUGCUUGAUGAGGAUAGCUACAAAGUUUAUUUAGAUAGUUUUCAGAAGACGCACCAAAUGGACAUUGACUACCACACGCCUAUAUCAAUGGAGCAGCUACACCAAGCGGUGCAGUCAUCGCUCAGUGCUGGCACUAUCGCUCACAAUUUCCAGCUGCAACUAUCCCCCCGACAGAUGUCCACUCUCAUGCUGAAGUCCAACCACCUCAGCAGGAGCCUAAACUUCAACGAGCUGCCUGCACACUUACCACGGAACCUCACCAGCGACGCGGACCUCGUGCAGAACCUCGCCAGUGAGCUGCCCCAAAACCUCGGCCGCCACGAGGACCUGCUUCUAAACGGCAACCUCGCGCGCAGCCUCGAGCUGAGAGCGCUGAGCAACGACCUCGAGCUGCAGUCCAGCUUGACCCAGACGCUCGUGCAGAACCUCACCGAGCAGGAGCUGGGGAGGAACAUGAGCGCGGACCUGGGCAGGAUGGGUGAUGCCGUGCUGCCGCAAAACGUAGGGCGCGGCGACGGUAUGACGCACGAGCUGGCCCACGAAAUGGACCUAUCGCAUCACUUGAAUCGGCCGGGAAUCGAGCACGACGUGAUGCUAAACCAGGAGGAGGCGAGACGCACCCCCCUGAUCCAGACCGUCCAGGAUGGACACCUGCUCGAACAGAAUCUGGUGCAGAGGCUCGAGCAGAAUCUCGCGCAGAGGCUGGACCAGACUAUGGGGCAGAGGCUCGGCUUGAACGUCCACGAGCCGAGGCAAGUGGAGCAAGGAGAGCAUUUGCUGCCGAUGCCGUUCCACAUCAAGUCUGAACAGGAGGACGACGGCUACUUCUACGACACCAUCAAUCAGGGGUUGAACAACAACGCGCUAAACGGUCACAUACCUCUGCAUGCGGAGCACCCGCCGGCCAACGCGAACACCCUCCCCCAGGACCACGUGUACACGAUAUACAAUAACCACAUACCGAUCUCCGCCCUAAACUCCAUCGACCACCUCUACACGCGCCCCCAGAGCUACGCGCAGAGCUACGCGGGCAGCGUGGGCCGCGACAACCCCCAGAACCUGGUGGUGCACCGCCAGUUCGACAACUGCAGCCCCUACGCCGGCGAGGAGUUCAAGAAGGCGCGCGAGGAGUGCCCCGACGGCGCGAAAACGGCUAAAAGCGAGGAGCCCAAAGAGAACCAGAAGCCCUCGGACCAGAAUAAGAUGUUCUACGCCGAGUACGACCCGAGCGCCUACGCCAACGGCUCGGAGAAGGGCGAGAACGAGCCGGAAACGAGGCUACGGCCCGAGGACGUUUCCGCCAACAUCAAGGGGGAGUACGCCUGCUACAAGUGCAACGAGGUGUUCCCGUCGAAGCGGGGCCUGAAGCAGCACGCGAAGUGCUGCGCCGAGGGCGAGGCCGGCGAGGCGGAGAGGCUGGGCAAGUUCGGCUGCACCCAGUGCGCGUACCGCUGCCAGUCGCCGGCCAUCCUGAAGAUCCACGAGCGCACCCACACCGGCGAGAAGCCGUACUCGUGCACCUUCUGCGACUACAAGUCCGGCCAGAAGAACAACGUCGCCAAGCACAUCCUCGUCCACAUGAAGGAGAAGCCGUUCCGCUGCCAGUACUGCGACUACCGCUGCGCGCAGAAGAACAACCUGGUCGUGCACGAGAGGACCCACACCGGGUACAAGCCGUUCGCGUGCCCGUACUGCGACUACCGCACCGUGCAGAAGCCGAACCUGGUCAAGCAUAUGUACCUGCACACCGACCAGAAGCCGUUCGGCUGCGACGUGUGCAGCUACCGUUGCGUGCAGAAGACCAACUUAACGAAGCACAAACAGCGCCACCUGAACGAGCGCGCUGGUGACAGGGCCGACGCGGCCGCGGCGAGGCCGUACAGGCCCCGACAGAAGUCAGUCAAGUGCCCCCACUGCCCGUACAGGUGCGUGCAGAAGUCCAGCCUGGAGAAGCACUUGCAGUUCAAGCACGGCCAGGCCGUGGAGCCGACAAAGUGCGACGAGAUACAGAACCUCAGCGUGAAGAAAGACGAUGCUGCAUACCAGGAGCAGAGCUGCCACGAUAAGACGUUAGAGCCGUUGCAAGGACAGUCA